GAAAAAGAAAAACAUACAAUAAAAGAACAUUUCAAAGAGACCGUAACAAGGGAGUAAGAAAAAGACAACUAACCUAAGAUAACUUCUCAUGCAUUUUCUAAGUUAUCCUUUUGGGUAAUUUAGCACUAACCAGUGCUGUCGCAGCCCUCUAGAUCAGCACUUGCCCCAAGACUAGCCUUGGAUCUCAAAAGAUGAUGCUUGAUUCUCUAGGGUCAUGCAUUGUGAUUGAUUUGUACUAGUUUUCAAGAUAUGCCAAAUGGCAUGGAAGAUACUGGCUUUUCCUCCUGCUGAUAUAGCUGUGCUAUUUCUUUAUAGCCCAAAGGUCAAUGAAAUGGUAUUGAGUAUAUUUGUAGAAAUGAGCAUACACAGUAUUCUUUCUACACAUAAGCGCUUCACUUUAUCAGCAAAAAAGGCUAACAAACUUUACUAUAUAUUUGUGCUUCUUGACAGAUAAGAUGGGAAUUACUAAGCUGUAAUCAGGCCUAGAGUGGUUGAUUUAAUACAGAGACUUUCUCACUUCUCCAUCACAAUUAUUUGGGUAGCUUCGGCAUGCAGCAUUCUUUGCAGUUCCUGACCCCUUAAUGCCUGAUCCUUCCAACCAACCAAAGAAUCAGCUUAAUCCUAUUGGUUCGUUACAGGAAUUGGCUAUUCAUCAUGGCUGGAGACUUCCUGAAUAUACCCUUUCCCAGGAGGGAGGACCUGCUCAUAAGAGAGAAUAUACUACAAUUUGUAGGCUAGAGUCAUUUAUGGAAACUGGAAAGGGGGCAUCAAAAAAACAAGCCAAGAGAAAUGCUGCUGAGAAAUUUCUUGCAAAAUUCAGCAAUAUUUCUCCAGAGAACCACAUUUCUUUGACAAAUGUAGUAGGACAUUCGUUAGGAUGUACUUGGCAUUCCUUGAGGAAUUCUCCUGGUGAAAAGAUCAAUUUACUGAAAAGAAGCCUCCUCAGUAUUCCAAAUACAGAUUACAUCCAGCUGCUUAGUGAAAUCGCCAAGGAACAAGGUUUUAAUAUAACAUAUUUGGACAUAGAAGAACUGAGUGCCAAUGGACAGUAUCAAUGUCUUGCUGAACUGUCAACCAGCCCCAUCACAGUUUGUCAUGGCUGUGGAAUCUCCUGUGGCAAUGCGCAAAGCGAUGCAGCUCACAAUGCUUUGCAAUAUUUAAAGAUAAUAGCAGAAAGAAAGUAAGCUUGGAGCAACUUAGGAAGUCCUUCAGUAGCAUAAAGAAAGUUUCCCUUUCUUCCCUUCCCAAGUAAAAUAUUUACUAUAAUGUUUGAGUUUGUGUGUUGUUUCUAAAUCUCUUCAUAGAUUCCAUCAACAUUCCAGAUUUAAUUAUCUCGUAGCAGUUGUUAUUAAGCUCUUUUUAAUGGUUUCAUCUUUGUAUUGGUGUAUUGUAUUUAUAAACUUUGUACCAUAAGGCAGAGUGUAGCACCCUUUUUUAUAAUGCCAUGUACAUAAGAGGAAGGAACUGCAUGUUUCUUGUUUAUGAUGAUGAUGAUGAUGAAAAAAAACUGCUAGCAAAGUCUGUCUUACUGGUGCUUAAACUUUUUUUUGGAUAAGGCUUUGUAAAGUGAAUUCAAAGGAAGCCCUUUAGAAUUAGUGUCGAGAGACAGCACAAACAGGCUUGUGAUUGUUAAAUUGCCGGGAUCAUGGUUGGUCUGCUGUAUCUGAAUCAUGUAAUAAAGAGCUAUUAUUCUGGGGUUCUGUGUAUUUUAUUAAA